AUGUCGAGGCCAACCGUCACCGUCGUCUCCGCCAAGGGCGAGGUCACCAAGGACACCGUCCCCGUGCCCAAUGUCUUCAAGGCACCCAUCCGCCCUGACAUCGUCCACGCGGUGCACACUGGCAUGAACAAGAAUCGCCGCCAGCCAUACGCUGUCUCCGAGAAGGCUGGUCACCAGACUUCUGCCGAGUCCUGGGGUACCGGUCGCGCUGUGGCCCGUAUUCCCCGUGUCUCUGGUGGAGGUACUCACCGUGCCGGUCAGGCUGCGUUCGGUAACAUGUGCCGCUCCGGUCGCAUGUUCGCUCCCACCAAAGUCUGGCGCAAGUGGCACCAGAAGAUCAACCUGAACCAGAAGCGUUUCGCUACCGCGUCUGCGCUCGCUGCUUCAGGAAGCCCUGCUCUUCUCCUUGCCCGCGGUCACGCCAUCAGCACCGUCCCUGAGGUUCCUCUCGUCAUCUCAUCGACUGCUUUCGCCGAUGCCGCCAUCAAGAAGACCUCCGCCGCUGUCGCUCUGCUGAAGGCUGUCGGUGCUGGUGCCGAUGUCGAGAAGGCCCGCAACACACGCAAGGUCCGCGCUGGUAAGGGUAAGCUCCGUGGCCGCCGUCACACUCAGCGCCGCGGACCCCUCGUCAUCUACAACCCCGAGGAGGAUGGCAAGGAGCUCGUCCUUGCUUUCCGCAACAUCCCAGGUGUCGAGACCUCAUCCGUCUACUCCCUGAACCUCCUCCAGCUCGCCCCUGGUGGCCACCUCGGUCGCUUCAUCGUCUGGACCUCAUCCGCUUUCAGCGCUCUCGACAAGGUCUACGGAUCCACUGCUGAGCCCUCAGCGCUCAAGAAGGACUACCUCCUGCCCUCCACCAUGAUGAGCCAGCCCGACCUCAGCAAGAUCAUCAACUCCAGCGACGUCCAGAAGGUCCUCCGCCCCGUCCGUGGCGGAGCCGUCUCCAAGCGUGGUGUCGUACAAAAGAAGAACCCGCUCAAGAACUUCCAGGUGCAGCUCCGCCUCAACCCAUACGCUGCUACUUUCUCCAAGGAGAAGCUCGGCCAGAAGAAGCUCGAGCAGGGCAAGCCCGAGUAUGCCACCGAGACCUUCCACGAGCUUAUGCACGAGAACUAG